GUUAGUUGAAAUGGGCUUUUUAUCAAACUCUAAAAGAAAAUUAUCAGUUCCCAGCUAAUUAAGUUGGAAAAUAUACUGGUUUAUAUGUCAAGGAAGCAACCAAUAAUUUUGGACGGUCUUCGUCGCGCGUCAUGUCACGUGACAUGGGUUCAUGGAUCAGUCGUCAAUUUUGACACACUCUUGUGCUGAUGGAUUCUGCCUAAUGUAUACUGGAUUUCUUAUAAAAUAAACUAUGGAUCAUUUAUAUAUGCUAAGUUUACAAGGGAUAUCCCUUUGCUUACUUUAGCUUGCCGCCUUAUCAAAUCACCGCAAAACUCAGCGGGGAAGAAAACGAAGACAUCGAGAGAUCGCACAUGUAAUAUUGACAAAAAAGCGUUCUGUGACAAAAUAAAUAAGAACAACGAGGGAGAAUUUGAAUUAAAAAAAUCUUCCCUAAAAUGCCGCGACGGAAGAAGGAAGAAAUCCUAAGUGACGAUGAGGAAGAUUUUUCAAGUGAAGGUGGCAGAAAAUUUCAUAAACCAAUCCAAAGGAAUGCUGCAAAUGCACGUGAAAGAGCUAGAAUGCGAGUGUUAAGUAAAGCAUUUGUGAAAUUAAAAACAACUUUACCAUGGGUACCAGCUGAUACCAAACUUUCCAAAUUAGAUACUCUUCGUUUGGCUUCUAGUUACAUAGCUCAUUUACGUCAGGUAUUAACCAGCGAAGAUGAGGAACCCGUACAACCGGCGUUCAUGCACCCAAUGAAUCUGACAUGGCCUUUUACGUUUAGCAACAAAGGAAGUGGGUCGGGUUCGGAAAGCAAAUCACCAGAACCAAUGAAACUUGACGUUGACGGUGAACAUUUGAUGACUGCAAAUGGCGAUGUUUGACGUCAUUAUUUUUUCAGUAUACCCCCUGAGGAAAUCCAUAAAUGUUGUCAAUAUUGUGUAACGUUGAUAUUUAAUUCAAUUUUGUCCAACCACAAAAUGUUAAAUUAUCCGGUGACUAAAUAGUGUUUGAAGGUCUUAUUUUGUAAGGUAUUGAUAAAAUGUAUCUUUUUUAAAGAUUUAAAUAUAGGCUAGUCACUUGUAUAUCUGAUGAUACAUUUCUAGACAGUUACAUAAUUCAUUGUUCAUCUGUUUCUUGUAAAGUGUGUUUUCCCUGAACCGAUGCAGCUGGAAAUCAAUGCAAUUGUCUCUUAAACAAAAGCUUUAAGAAAAUCAAAGAAUUGCUAUUUAAAACUUUUAAAAAUAACAAUUUGAUCAUAAAAAUCUAUUUUAAAAAAUAAUUUCCUCUAUUGAACUAUUACUUAGUACUCGUAUAUCAUACUGAUAUUUUAAAGUUUUUAUAAAAAUAAUUUGUUACACUUAGACUUUGCAUUUCAGGAUUUUUAAAAUCAAUUGAUUCUCUGUCAUGUCGAUGUUUAUCUUUCUUACUUAUUACUUAAGAUUCAUCAUCAUCUUUCAUUACUAUUUUUAUAAGGUGAGCUCUUCAAAUUCUGAUGGAGCGAGGAAAUAAAUGAUUUAAUAACGAAUCA